CUUGUUGAAAUCAGAUUAGGAGAUUAGGAUCAUUUAUGCAGAUUACUUUAUAAACCCGAUUUAGUAGAGGAGAAGGAUUCUUCUGCAGGACCGUCGCAGCGAACGACUGCUGCCUGCAAGCAAUCAUAAUGCCAGUCAUAAAUGUCGAGGACUUGACAGACAAGGACAAGGCUCUGAUGGAAGUCAACCAACUUAAAAUUGAAGUGAAACUUCAGAGGUGGUUGACAUCGAAAUGCUGCGAGGAGAUCAAGGAUUACAUCCAGGCCGGAGUGGAUGAGGACACUCUUGUCAAAGGCAUUUCAGAGGACAAGAACCCCUUCAAGGAGAAAGGUGGCUGUGUCCUUUGUUAGACUGAACAUAAAGUGUUCUUCAUAACUCCGAUUAGCCACCAAGGGCAUUUUUCAUGCCCUCCCAAGACAGAUUUGCAGACUGAGAAGACUACAAGGGUAUAACGAAUAGAAGAAUUGAUGCAGCUUUUUUUUUUUUUUAAUAAAUUGCAUUCCCCGGCUUCUAGUCAAA